AAUUCGGAGGCAGGAAUGUGUAGUAGCUCCGAGUGGUUGUCUGCGGCUUUUGGCGCUGCACGGAAUCGGCGCACACCGCCCAUUAUCCCUCGCGGCCCUCCCUCACCCAUCUCGGUUCCAUUCUGCAGGUCUGAAGGACCUGGUGGCCAAGGCCGAACUGAGCUCUUUGCUGUCCUCCUGCAGAUACUUCCUACCAUGAAGCACCUGCUAAGUUUCUACUUGCUGGGCGUGCUGUUGUCAUUCCUCUCCAUCUUCGUUAGACUGAUGGAAACCUUGGGGGGAUUACUAGAAGGUUAUCCCUGGAGUCACUUGCCCAGCAGAAUCCAAGGGACCAAUGAUAAUCCACCUAAGAGACUGCCUGAAGAAUGCCUACUAAGGACCAAAGCUUUGAGACCAUAUUUAUGAAGAAUUUCAUCUACAGGUGGUGUUUUUGUUCCAAGAAUCUGACCUGAACCCAUCAUGAGCAUCAUCAGAUUGUGUUCCUGGAAUCUAGUUGUAGGUUGGUGUCUAGCCCAUGUAGCACAAAGGAACAUUCCAGUAUCAGGGAGUUAAAAAGCCUUCCUGACCUUGAACUCGUCAACUUUUGGCUGUUCCUUCUUGCUUUGGACAGAUGGAGAAGUGAUCAGUCCUCCAUGACAGGGUUUCUUAACCUUCAGUCCAUGUGUGGACAGAUUUUAUCCAAGUCUGUGAACUUGAAUGGAGGAAAAAAUUACAUCUUUAUUUUCACUAAUCUAAUUGACAUUUAGCAUUUCCUUCAAUUAUUUAAAAACAUUCUGAGAAGGGGAUUGUAAGGAUAAUUUUGGGUCAUGACCUAAUCUAAAAUUAAUUUUUGGUCGCCAGGGGAUAUCCCAAAUGAAAUACCCAAGUCAGUUUGGAAAGGAGAAGAGAGAGAGGGAAAAGUAUAGGAUUUCUCCCACCCGGCCUGUACCAGGGGGAGUUCAAAGUCCUCUGCCACAAGGUCUUUGAAGAUUAGAGGCUUUCUCUAAGAGGAUAGUGUUUGGAAGGUAGAGGAGAGAAAAAUCAGCCUAAACACUAUCUCAGGGAAGAGCCUCACGUGAACUAGGUUACUAGGCUUCCUCCAGUAUGGUAUCAAGACUAAACCUGGACAAUAGCAGCCACCACGCCAAGAUGCUGACACGCUCAGCAAGCUGCCGCCAGCCACCUCUCCGCCGUCCAAGAGCCUGGAGAGAGGAAGUGAUGUGAAAUAUAUAGACGGUUUUAUAUCACUUUCCUGUGUCUCACAUGUACCAAUGAUAUCUUGGGCUUGACUUAGGACAGCUCAGGGGUCUGUCAGUUGUUUCUGAUUUGUCAUUUGCUAGCACAUGUCUGUCAUAGGCCAUCCUCCUAAAUACUUAAUCCUUAAGUAUGGGUGUAGACAUUCCUGAUUUUGUUAGACUAAGUAGGGUAGAGUAAUCUAAACUUCACAAUUUCCUGAUUUUUGUUAGACUAAAUAGGGUGGAGUAAUCUAAAGUAAUUUGCAUAAAUAUGUCCCUGGAAAUGUCCAUUUUGCUUCUAGCCCCUUACCCCAUUAUUUGUGAAAUGAUUGGGGAGCAUCAGCAGUGGGGCGUAGACUUUUCCGUGAACAGGGGUAGCUGGGCCUUUACUUGGGAGGGAAGCCAGGGACCUCACUGGGGAAUGGGGCCAGUACAGAGAGUCCUGGCCAUCUUGGGUGAGGCUAGGAAGAGUUCUCUGGGCAUCGUCUCUCCUGGAAGUGGAGGUGAAUAGGGAGAAUCUUUGCUCUCUAAAAUGGAGUUGCCCCUGGAGCUCACUGUUGGGAUUGGCCUCUGAAAGGAGCUCUUCUUCCAGGUCAGGACAGCAAUUGGAGGAGGGGCAGCUGUUUGAUUUCCUGUUCCAUGGGAUAGACCAAGAUGCUUUCUAUCCUGGUUGUUUUUCCCCCCCUGUCCCUACCCUGCGGGGAAAUACUAGAUAGAUGUGAUGAUAGCCACCAUGUGGCUUCAAUAAUUUUUUUAAAUUAAUGCAAUAAAGCUGAUAUAUCUUU